AUGGCGAACUGGCACUCCAUCCCCCCGGAAAUCCGGAACAUAAUUCUGGAUCAAGUAUUCCAGACUGGCGCAGCUUGCCGUAACCUGGGCGCCUGCGCAGCAGUAUGUCGUGAAUGGCAGACAUACAUUGAGCCCAGGAACUUCCGCCGGCUCGUCUUAAACCACUCCUGCGUUGCUGAUUUUGGCCGAAUCGUGCAAAAGAGGAAGUGGAUGGUACAGCAUAUCUGGCUGCGCAUCGAGCUUCCAAGAUAUCGCUGCACCACGUGCCGCCUUCCCGAGACGCCCAAGCAGAAGCGAAGAAACAACCAAAUCUUCACAAAGGCUCUAUUUCAGCUUCUGCAAAUCCUUGGCUCCUGGCAAGGUGACUCCAUGAGUAGACUUGGUCCUGAGGAUAAUAUCAGGCCUGUCUUGGAGCUCAGCGUCCACUCCCCGAGCGACAUGAAGCACCGUUUCGACGUCUUCGCCUUGGACAAGGAUGUCUAUCCGCACAAACUUGACGAAAAGUGCACGUCUCAGGAAUUUGACGAUUACGUGAAACGCAAGUUGUGGAAGGAUUUCGACAGAGGACAGGUCUGCAAGGCGGCCGUUGGCAACAUGACAGACAUCGAACACCUGCGCAUGUUUGCGGAAAUCAAACUGGAUCUCGACAGCAUGGGAUCUUUGUUCCUUCCAAGCGUCAAUUGCAUCAAGGCAUUGAUCGUCCGUCGGCAGUAUUAUCGAAGCUUCAAUCCGGGAACGGUUGCCGAGAUUGCCAGGAGCUUUGAUACCAUUGGCAGCUUGGUUUUUGAGCCAAUCACGCGAGAUCCCAACCCUUUCAGCAGAGGUAUGCUCUCUUUCUUUUAUUUUUAUCAUUUCCAAAUUUUCUUUAAUUCGCUUAUACUGACUUAUAAUCAAGCGUUUGAGCAUGGGUAUAAAAUGCUGAUACUCGAGACAUAUCGCGUCAGGAGCCUUUCCAUCUUCCAAGGCUUUUACGGCGGCCAAGUACUACGAAAGCCUUGGAGGAAACUGCCGAGCGAAUUCGGUCUAAUGCUGGCAGACAAGAGCGCGUAUAAGGAACACCUGUCCGUGGCUUUCGCUGUUGAUGCGAUUGCGUUUUUCCAAGACUUCUUGCAACCAGGUAGCCGGAAAUAUCGACCGCAUCUGGACCCAUCACGUCCCGCAGUAGAGUGUGCCCUGAUGGGGCGUCUCUCUAUCCCCGAGCUCCAGCGUAUAUCCGUUAUUAAAUGGGUGGAAGACCUUCAGGGAAAGUUUCAGCAAGAGCUUCUCAAAGCAACAGGUUUUGAGGAUGGGCAAAUCCCCCGCUCAGUCUACCAGCCGCGGUGGCUGUGGCUCAAGACGCUGGCCUUGACGUCCCGUUUUCGCGAUAGAUUCGAUCUAUUCGAGGCCGCGGCUUUUGCUGCUCUUCGGAUGCCUGAGCUCCAGAUAAUGGAGAUCUGGGACGGUAUGGGACUGGAUCUCGUAGAGUUCUUCAGAUAUACCCGCCGCGAAAAUCGGAGAGAUGAACCCCCCACAAUCACAUGGCUGUCGGAUCUCCAAAUUGCCCCUGAACAACGAGUCAUCGCUGCGUGGGAGCGAGUCGCGCGGAUGCACACAAGGACCGAUCAAGGCAUCCGAGUUCUUAUACCAGAGUUCCCGGAUGACGACGAGAAGCCCACGUAUCCGUACGGCACGAUCAGCUACUUGGAACUCCGUGAGAAGAUUGUGCAUCAACUAUCACUGCGCGAGUUCGAAUGGUACUACGAUGACUGGACGCGGCCCGUGGAGCGGCGUGGGGUAGAGGAUGUACGAGAAUUUAAUCCGUAG